AUGAAGCAUAAAUUUGUAAGCAGAAAUGAGACUGAAGAUGAAAUUUUACAGCAGUUCUAUAAAAUAAAAAAAGACUUCGUUGACUUCGAAGAUGAACAAAGAAAAAAGCGUAUUUUCGAAGUAUCACAAAUUUUUACUGAACGAAGCGAGGCUGUUAGAACCGAAAAGACGAAUGAACCUAGCAAAACUUCAAGUAGACAAAUUAUUGAUAUAUUGUUUGAUAUUCCAACAAUAAUUCCUGAUUUGGAAUCAGAAAAAGCCCAAUACUUAACUUUGUCAUCAUUUUUAGUCAUCAAUAGAAUUAUACAACAGGAUAUUAUUAAACGAAAAAAAACAAAUCCACAAGAAGAGGAACAAGAUGAUACUACUGAAAAAAAUCUAGAAACAUUACGUAAUCGUCCUUAA